GAUAUACAUAAGUUUAUAUACAUAUACGAUAUAUUCUCUCGUAACUGAUUGGAGUGCAUAUGUACGUUUAUAUACAUGUAGUUAUAUUAUCCUUGGUUAUAAUCCUAUAUAUUACAAACAUGGUGUGAAAUCUCAAAGAAAAACGUGUAGAAAUAUUAAAAAAAUAUGGCGAAUAUGAAGAUAAUGAAAUUUUUAGAAGCCUCCAAUAAAAUGUAUAAACCUAAUAUUAUAAGAUUAAUAAUAAGAAAUGUGCAUGAUGUAACUACAGAAUCUGCUAAAAAAGUUACUCAUACUGGUCAGAUCUAUGAUGAGGAUGAUUAUCGUAAUUCACGAUUUGUAAAUAGGCCAAAGGAGGUUAACGAUAAUUGGGCUAUUAAAUUGAUUGACGAGGUUCCUCCUACAUCUGUAAAAGAUAAAAUUGUGGCAUGCGAUGGGGGAGGUGGACCUUUGGGGCAUCCGAAAGUUUAUAUUAAUUUGGACAAACCUGGUAACCAUACUUGUGGAUAUUGUGGUUUACGUUUUUAUAAAGAAAAUCAUUGAACGAACUUAAUAAAUACAUGUAGUCAAAUUAUAAGUUACAUAGAUAUUAUAAUGUAUAUUUAUGAUACUAAAUAGAAUCUAUAAAUGUAUGUUAAUAUAUAAAA